GUCGAGGGUGUAUUGGGACUUCAUUCAGUCAUGGAUUUCCAACGUGCUCUACUAGCAGUCUGCUUCAUUGGCCUCGCAGGAGCUGAAAACGUCUUCCAGACGUGGGCAGACUCGGCGUUCAAGUUGGUCAACGACGACUGCCAGAAUUGCGAUCUCAAGAAGUCCGAUUUCUAUGUCUAUGCCGUCUCGCCUACUACUACUUCUGUAAAAUACAAAACGUUUGUCGCUGACGGCAGCGGGAGGAGGACCGGUAAGCACGACGCUGUUCUCGUUUUAGACCCUGCACCAGCGAAGAGAUUCGGCCACGAGCUCUACAUGUUUUUCAUCGAUGGCAACCACACAGCAGAGACCUGCGGGAACACACGUGGAACUGUUUUAUUGGAAGAUGGCCAGUGCUUGCAGCAAUGGGUGAGGGAGAUGUGCCACAGGAGGGCCCCGAAACGAAGAGGCGGAUGCAAACUUCUAUUCCUUCCAGAAGUCAGAUUAGAGAAUUCGCAAAACGACAGUCUCGUGUGCAUUCCAGACCUUGAGGGUUUCAACGGCGAGUGCCCGACGAUGAUCAAACACCGCAUAUCCAGUGGCUGCGACCCUCUAGAGACCAACAGCAAAUUCUGCGAUACGACCAAUUAUAUCAAGACCGAAUGCGCUUUCAUGCAGACUUGCGAUCAUGCGGUGCUCAUUUCUGGCGGGUGGAACAGAAAAAUGAGUGAUGAACGGAGUAUUAAGAACCUAAGAACAAUCAACACUUUACUUCUUAGAAGUGGAUUCAAUCAGAACAAUUUGAGAAUAUUUUUUGCCAAUGGACUUGACUCCUCAUAUGAAGAAUAUGAAGAUUUGGGUGAUGUUUAUCCUUCAAGUAUUAAACUGGCUAUAAGAUACCACAUAAGAACUUUAUGCGAGACGAAAAGGUGUGCAGAUUCUAUAGUUAUCUACCUCAAUAGUCCUUCUUUGCCUGAUGGUUCUUUGUUACUCUGGGAUUCAAAUAAUGAUGGAGUUCACGAUGAAGGAGAGAUCUAUUCGAUCAGGGAUUUUUUCCGGGACAUCGUGAAAUGCUCAGCGACAAGACUCAUCAUCCUCGUCGACCAGAGCUAUGGCGGUGAAAUGGUCAGGGCUGCACACAGACAUUCAAACGAUAUGCAAAAUGUCAUCAUUAUUGGAGUGAAAGUGAACGAUUCGAGGGAUUCUAUGAUCAACUCGCUGUCGAACAUGACAGCGUCAACCUGCCUAAGCGAUAUUUACGACUCGGUUGAAGAUGUCAAAUACAAAGGAACGGCUCAAGGACUUCUCAACGGAACAAUCUACGGUGCGCCUUGUACAAAUGAACAAGAUUACCAAAAAUACUUUGGCUGUCAAAACCUUUCAACCCUUGAGCUAAUUGAAUCAGAAGAAACCCUCGAUGCAGAUGAACAAAGAUAACACAUUUAAUGCCAUCACAAAUAAGAUUCUUUGAACUUUACAUAUUUAAAAUGAUGUAAAUAUAUUGUUUGUAUAUAAUUUAUGUUGCACAUAAAUUCAAAACGGGUGUAAAUAAUGGGUAA